AUGGCCCAGCCGCACCAGGCUACGUGGCUGCCCCCGGCUCUGCUGCUUCUCUGGGUCCCAGGCUGUUUAUCCCUGAGUGGCCCCAGCAGAGUGACGGGCAUCGUGGGGAGAUCCCUGAGUGUGGAGUGUCAGUACCAGAAGAAAUUCAUAAGCAAUAACAAAUACUGGUGCAAACCCUUCUGUUUGUUAUCACCGAAGAUUGUGGAGACCACAGAGUCAGAGAGAGAAGUGACGAGGGGCCAUGUGUCCAUCAGAGACCAUCCUGCAAACCUCACCUUCACAGUGACCUUGAGGAGCCUCAGAGAGGAGGAUGCGGGAACGUACCAGUGUGGGAUCAAUGUGCCACUUUUAAUUGACCCCAUCUUCGAGGUGGAGGUGUCUGUGAUCCCAGCAUCACCAACACCAAGGCCAACCCCACCGACUGUCACAGCCAAAGUUUCAACUGUGUCGUUCACCACCCUGGCCACAGAGGAUGCCACCCACAGCGCCAGCAGCCAGAAGGAAUACGAGCCAAUGCAGAACUGGAGGCUCCACGCGCUGCUGAUCUCCUUGGCCCUGCUGCUGCUCCUGCUGGGGGGCUUCUUGCUGCUCGCCUGGAGGAUGGUUCAGAGACGGGUCAAAGUUGGAGAAAAACCAGAGCCGCCUCAGAGCCACAGUCAGGCUGCCGAGCAGACUGAGCCCAGCUAUGCGAAUCUGGAGCUACAGACAUGGCCCCUUUCGGGAAAGCCCGUUCAACCCACGCGGGCGGAGGUGGAAUACAGCACAGCGGGCCCGCCCAGCGACGAUCUUCACUACACCUCGAUAGUGUUUGACUCCCGGAGCCAGGAUUCCAAGGCCGACAGGAUUCCCUCUGAGACGCCAGUGUACAGCGUGGUUAAGAAGACAUAA